AUGGCUUCUCACGAUGAUGAUACCAUGCCCGAGGAGACUCAGGGCUACAAGCUCUCUCAGCCUAAGCAGAGCUUGGCCGAGUACAACCAGAUGGAUGCCGGCGACGAGUCCCUCCAGCGAUACAAGCAGUCCCUUGGCCUCGGCGGUGGCAAGGACCUCUCCGAUCCCUCUGACCCCCGAGUCUGCAUCAUCCAUGCACUCACCAUGGACUCGCCCGGCCGGCCUCCCGUUAGAAUCGAGCUCGCCAAAGCUGGAAGCGAGAAUGCGCUCAAGGACAAACCUUUCAUGAUCAAGGAGGGCGUCAAGUUCACCAUGAGCGCCGAGUUCAAGGUCCAGCACGAGAUUCUAAGCGGUCUGCACUAUGUUCAGGUCAUUAAGAGAAAGGGAAUUAAGGUGUCCAAGGACUCAGAAAUGAUUGGAAGUUAUGCGCCCAACACUGAGAACCAGCCCACCUACAUCAAGAAGUUCCAUGAGGAGGAGGCUCCAUCUGGAAUGCUCCUUCGUGGCAAGUACGACGCCAUCUCCAGCUUCGUCGACGACGAUAAGAAGAAGCACCUCGAGUUCGAGUGGAAAUUCGAAAUCGUCAAGGAUUGGCCAGAGACCAACUAA